AUGCGCCUCACCCACUCCCCCUCGCUCCCCAUCGCAUCUCCCCUCUUCCUUCCCCUUCUGCCGACGCAUGUCGUCGCCGAUCUUCUCGCACCGCCACGGCGACCGUUGACCCCGAGCCUCACCGCCGUGUCCGAGAGCUCCACUACGGUCGCCCACAUCGACUACGUCGAGCCGUUCAAGCUGAGGAGCCCCAGCGCCGGCGCCAGUGUCGUCUUCCUCCUCGAAUCCCCGCCGCCGUUCGACGACAAAUCCGGCGCCAGCAAGCCUCCUCGAGCCCGCUGCCCUCCCCUACCGGACCACAACGCGUCCGGUCCGCGCUGGACGAAAUCAACAACGCCUCUCCGCACCACUCCCGCGCCGCCACCUGUCACCGCCACCACCCGCCACCGCGCGGCCCGCCGAGCACAUCGCCGGCCCGCGGGCCCGUACGCCGCCGCCCGCGCCCGAGCGAGCCUCCCGUGCCCCGCCGCCCGUGCCUCGCCUCCGCUCGCCGUCGCCCGGUCGCCGUCUGCUGCCGCCGCGCCCUCCGCCCGAGCAUCGGCCCCGUCCUUCCUCCCCGCUGCCGAGCCCGACCGUCUGCCGCCGCCCGAGCCCAUCGCCGGGGACCUCGCCGCUCGGUGCCUCCACGCCAUCUCCGGCCGCCCCUCCGGCGACCCCGACCCCGUCGCCGCCGGAUCCGGCCUCCCCGGCCCCGUCCCCGACUACUCCGGCCGCCGGCGCCUCGGAUCCGGCAAGAUCCACCGCCGCGUCGGUUUCCGUGCAAACGCGAGAAUAGCUAUUUGA